ACAGCACCGGCCGCUACUACUCGGGCCGGCGGUAGGGUCUUGGCCGGGAUUCAGCUCCCGGCUGUUCAGGCAGUCUGUACAGGCAACCCCGGCCGCUGAGGACCCGGUUGUUCGGAGCCGAGGCAAGAUGGCGGACGUGCUGAGCGUACUGCGUCAGUACAACAUCCAGAAAAAGGAGAUCGUGGUCAAAGGGGACGAGGUCAUCUUCGGCGAGUUUUCUUGGCCCAAGAAUGUGAAGACGAAUUAUGUGAUCUGGGGGACAGGGAAGGAAGGUCAGCCAAGGGAGUAUUAUACUUUGGAUUCCAUAUUAUUCCUGCUUAACAAUGUUCAUCUCUCUCAUCCUGUCUAUGUGCGGCGUGCUGCAACUGAAAAUAUUCCUGUGGUGCGAAGACCAGACAGAAAGGAUUUACUUAGCUACUUAAAUGGUGAAACAUCAACAUCUGCAAGCAUAGACAGAAGUGCCCCUUUAGAAAUUGGGUUGCAGCGAUCAACACAAGUUAAAAGGGCAGCUGAAGAAAUAUCAUCAGAAUUAAAGAAACCCAGGAUAGAGGAUGAAGAGCGUGUGCGACUUGACAAAGAGCGUUUGGCAGCUCGAUUGGAAGGCCACAAAGAAGGCAUUGUACAGACGGAGCAGAUCAGGUCAUUAUCAGAGGCAAUGUCAGUGGAAAAGAUUGCCGCUAUUAAAGCUAAGAUCAUGGCAAAAAAACGGUCUACUAUUAAGACAGAUCUGGAUGAUGACAUUGCAGCUUUGAAACAAAGAAGUUUUGUAGAUUCUGAAGUAGAUGUAACCAGAGAUAUUGUCAGUAGAGAGAGAGUGUGGCGAACAAGAACUACCAUUCUCCAAAGCACUGGCAAGAACUUUUCCAAGAACAUAUUUGCAAUUUUACAAUCAGUGAAAGCCCGGGAAGAAGGUCGAGCACCAGAACAAAGACCCCCACAAAACAUAAUACCUCCGGACCCAGCUCUAAGAAAUAAACAACCUAUUCCAGCAGCAUACAACAGAUAUGAUCAGGAAAGAUUCGCAAAGAAAGAAGAAACGGAAGGUUUCAAGAUUGAUACAAUGGGCACGUAUCACGGCAUGACCCUGAAGUCUGUGACGGAAGGUGCUUCAGCUAGAAAAGCUCAAACUCCUGCUGUUCAGCCUGUUCCACGACCAGUUUCACAAGCAAGGCCCCCACCAAAUCAAAAGAAGGGCUCUCGAACUCCAAUCAUUAUUAUUCCUGCAGCUACCACUUCUUUAAUUACCAUGCUGAAUGCAAAGGAUCUUUUACAGGACUUAAAGUUUUUUCCAUCAGAAGAGAAGAAAAAGCAAGGAUGCCAGCGGGAAAAUGAAAUUCUGAUCCAACGGCGAAAGGACCAAGUACAGCCAGGAGGAGCCGCCAUCAGUGUAACAGUGCCUUAUCGAGUGAUAGACCAACCUCUCAAACUUCUUCCACAAGACUGGGAUCGUGUUGUGGCAGUUUUUGUACAAGGAGCUGCCUGGCAAUUCAAAGGAUGGCCGUGGUUAUUACCUGAUGGUUCACCUGUGGACAUCUUCGCAAAAAUCAAGGCAUUCCAUCUCAAGUAUGAUGAGAUGCGCCUGGAUCCAAAUGUUCAGAAGUGGGAUGUGACUGUUCUGGAACUCAGCCACCACAAGCGCCACCUUGACAGAGCUGUAUUGCUACGUUUCUGGGAGACUUUGGACAGGUACAUGGUGAAGCACAAAUCCCACCUGAGAUUCUAAAUUAUCUGAAGGUCUCUGAUUGCUGCCAUUCAUUUCUGAGAGGUUGGAGGAGUUCUACAAAAGACUCAUCUGUCUUGGGACUAAACUGUUUCAUUGGCUUGUCUACGCUUCUCAAGAACAGUGGCGUUACAGUAUGGGUCAAUCCGAAUUGAUCAUAUACAAUACUUGUUGGAUUUUUUUAUUGCAUUGGAGAAUUGGUCUGCAAAAAUUAGGCAAAGAAUUGUGCUUAUACUACCAGUUUUCCAAUGGUAGAUUGUCUUCUAGUCUGAAAAAUCAAAUUUGUAUUUUAUUCUAUAGUGUUUAUUUUUCAGACAGCACUUUUUUUUAAACAUUACCCAAUCCUUUUUUUUUCCCACCUCAGUCUUUUAAAGAUGAUUGUUGAGUGCAAACUGCAAAUUCUAUAUCAUCACUCUUGUGGGGUGGGAAUUUCUUCAAACAGUUCUUCUCAGGUAGUAUAAGAGGUAAGACAGCCAUAGAUGACAUAGGUUGACUUAUAUUUUGUUUGUGGAAAAUAUUACUACAAAAUUAUACAUGUAAGAACAACUCUCUUGGGCUACGAUGGAUGUUGAACAAUCAUUUGGUUAUUGUCAAGAAUUUAGGCAGAAGAAUAAAGACAUAAAAGAGAUCCGUUAUUACUUUUAUGGAGAGAUUAAUUGAAAGUCCUGAGCUAUAGAGGAUCGUCUAAAAAGAUUAGUAAUAGUGGUCUAACUUUGAAACCUAUCAUCUGUACCUGGUGUUCCAAGCACAAAUGUGAAAACCUGAUAGUGUAUUUCAAGUUAUGUGUUACAAAUUUCUCAGAAGUCCAUCUAGUGCAGACAUAGAAAUGAUUAAAAAUCCAGUUGUGCUGCUUGCUGACGUGAGAUAAAUAUAUUACAUAAAGUAUCAUUUUGUUACUGUUUUCAUUACACUUCCAUCAGUGUAUUGAAAGGGUUCACAUUUAUUUCCCUCUUUAAGAAAAGGCAAGGGAUUUUUUCUUUGGGCAGAACCAUCAUUCAUUCAACCUCUGAAAUACAAGGAAUACUUGUAGGGAGCUGAUGACAGUGAACAUUUUUUUUAAAUUAAUGUCUACAUAGUGCAUUCAGAAUUUGAUUUUAUAAGGUAUGGCUCAUUGUGAUUCAUGACAGGAGUAAUGCUGAUGCAAUGUAUUUAUUGAAAUAGUGAUCAUAAAUAAUAAAACACAGCUGAUAAGAGUAUCCAUUGGCUGAGUUGGAAAAUUACCUAAGGGUAUUGUAAAAUACUCUUUGGUGAUAAUAUCACAGCUCAAGGGAGAGCCAAAUAUGCAACUUCUUUCCAAAUAAAAUUUAGUAGCCUAUGAUUUGAAAAAUAACAUUUUGGCAUAGUAUCUGAUUUUAGCAUCAGUACCUAUUUAAAGCUUUUUAUAAUGGUGCAGGUACAAAAUCAUUUGGCUUCUUUGUGCCACACCCAGGAUUACCGUUCUCAUUAGCUUGUUGGACAGGGAAUUAGUUCUACCCAACAACAUGCCUUACAGCAAGAAGGAAUCCUGCUGCUAUAUUUGAAACCCAAUCAAAUAGAUGGAAUUUUGGUUUUAACCACUGGAUAAUCUGAAAUAAAGUGUCAAUAGUACUGAAACUUGAGGGGAAAAUCACCAGUUGCAAAAGAUAUUUAUUUGGUAUGAAUGAUAUGCUCUAGAAUUUGAAACAGCUUUGAUGUAUUGAGUAAUUGUGAAAUUGUUCAAUGUCAAAUGCCAAUCGCAGUUCAGUUCAGUGAACAAUAAGCCUGAAUAGCCAUUGUCAAUAUGCUGUCUUUUUAGUGGAGCUGAAUGUUACACUGCUCUUACCUAUUACUGACUAUGUAAUAGACCAAAAAUAUAUCCCACCUACACAGGUUCAAUGAAAAAUCCAGUUUAUAUCCAAACCAUUGUUUUUCAAAGAUUGUUUAAAUCACACAUUAAAAUGUUCCAUUUUAUUAAAGUUUGAACACAGCUGUUGCAAGGUAAAAGCAAAUUAAAUUUAAAAAGGAGUUGAAUGACAACGUUCACUUCAGCAUUAAUUUGCCAACUAUAAUGUCCUCAUUUUGGCCCCUGUUAAUGCCUUAUUGUUUGGGGGAGCAAUAGCACAGAUGUCACAAGGAAACAGGUGCAAAGUUAGUUUUUUGUAAAAUUGUCGACCAAGUAUUAUAAGCUUGGGGGGAAAUGUCACACUGCUGUUGGGAUGAUAUGAAUGCUGUGUUCAACCCUGCAGAAUAAAUAGGUUGAUACUUAGCAUUGCUAGUUAUGAUCAUUUUCACUUAUUUUCCUAAUUCACUUCCUAUUUCAUCAUAAAAGUUUUACAAUUUUCCAAUUUAAAAAUUAGAAAAGUUGACAAAUUUAAUUGCAUACUUUGUUACUUUCAGAUUGCAAAAAUAAUGCAUUGCACCUUAAAACAUACAUAUGAAUUAAAGGUGAUCAGAUAUUCACUGUAUUUAUCAAUAAUCAUUGCACCAUCUAAACCUAUGUAACUAUUAUUUACUUAGUAUAAUAAGGAUUGUUCUGCCUUUCUGUCAAUUGUCCAUCAGAAAAAAAAACAUGCUGUUUUAAUUAUUUAAUAUACCAGCUGUAAUAGUUCUGUUAAAUUAACCUCUUUGGAUUUUAUUAAUGUUUGCAAUAUUAAUUUGUUUUCUUUCAACUGUCUCAUGCAGUAGUUAAAUUAAUGUGAAUGGGCUAUAACAGCAGAUAGUGAAGUGACAGGUCCUGUUCAUUGUGGCAUAUUGUCUCCUUUUUCUAGUUUUUAAAUUCAGAAACUUUGUAUCUAUCUCUGCCUUUUUGGUUUGUACUGAGAGAUACACAACUAAAGGCUCUUGUUUUCACAAACAGGGUUUUUUUGUACCAAGUGAUACAUGUAGAUAGCACCCAACACUAUCUUUUUAAUCAGAAAUGCAUAAAUCUACCAUUUUAAAGUGGUUUUGGUGCAAUUUUCUAACUGAAACAAUUUUAGCAGUUACUUUAUUGCAGUUGGUGUGUGAUGAAGUCAUACUUGUGCUAUUGUAGCUCAGCACAAAUUAAAAAUGACCAAAAAUAGAAUCAGUGCACAUGCGCUAUCUCUCUUUCUCUCCUCUCUCUCCUUCUCUCUCUCUCUCUCUCACUCUCCCACUCACUCAAGUACUCUCUCACGCACUUGCCCUCUCACUUGCACUCACCCUCUCAUUCAUACAUUCUUACGCUCUUCCUCUCCUGUCAUUCAUGCAUUUACAUGCUCUUCCUGUCCUCUCACUCAUGCACUCACUCUCCCUCUUUCUCUUACACACUAUUUGGGGAAGAGAAAGGGUUUAAAAGAAAUGGAUUUUUAUUAUAUAAUAAAUAAAAUGGUGAAAAAAACUUUAAAGUUUUUUUAAAUUUGUAUUUAACUUGUGUCAUUUCAUUUGUAAUGUCUUAAUUAUUUUGUAGCAAAUUGGUGUUUAACUCUAGACUUCAGUAUUUAAACAUGUGAAUAUUUUUAUCUAAUCACACAUUGUACUCUUUUGCAUUAAUAUAUAUUACAGCGACUUUAACGUAAGCACACAUUUACAGUUGGUCUUUAUGUUAUGAGCAUGUGAUAUGGCAGAACAAUUUAUGGAUACUGCCGAGUGGCUCUAAGUGGGGUACAAGGAGACCAAUAUUCUUGAAGGCAAUUACGCUAGAGCUGUUGGGGAUAGUUAAGACUAUUUCUUGGCUUUCAGAAGACGGAGCAUUUGGUAUACAGGUAGAUACAGCAUGUAGAGAGACUGUGAGGAAAGGUAGGCUGUUCUUAGGGCAAAAUUGCAGUUUAUGGGAUGAGUUAAGGUGUGUAUUUUAAUGCAAGAAAUA